AUGGACUCCGGACUAAGGGGGGAUAUUGGUGAUCGAGGCCGACCAGGUGCCUCAGGAAUUCCUGGAACUCGAGGUCCUCAGGGACCAGAGGGUGAUCCCGGCUCGCCUGGAAGCAAGGGACCCGAGGGAUCUCAGGGUCUUCAGGGCAGCCAAGGAAUGCCCGGAGCUGAAGGCUCAAAGGGUCAACGUGGAGAUCCUGGCCUUCUGGGUCCGGUUGGAGAGCAAGGCAGGCGAGGGCCCCGUGGAGCAGCAGGUGCCGGAGGAGUGACUGGAUAUGAAGGUAGCCGAGGGCUUCCUGGAGCGCGCGGUGCACCGGGUCCCUCAGGGCCAGCAGGAAAAGUAGGUAUCGCCGGUGACCCAGGACCGAUUGGACCAACAGGAGAGAAGGGAAGUCCUGGCGAUAUGGGACCGAGUGGGCCUCGAGGGCGUGCAGGGCCUCGCGUAAGAAAAAUGCAUAAAGUUUCUUUGCCAAUGCUUGCAAAGAUAUCUCCAUUUUUGUCAUUUUAUUAUUAUUUAUAA